GCAUUCCGCAUUCCACAUUUGGCAACGUCAGCCGCACGUCUGCUGUUCAGUGCGCAACAAGCAAGAUGGAAGCCGCGCAGGAGGAGGACAAGACGGUCGCGAUGGAGACACCGCCGCAGACAGCAGAGCUAGAAAUGCCCCAAGCGUCCGCAGAGCAGGAGCACAAGCCGAAGCGAUGGAAGGAAGCAUUCGCGCGCGCUGUGCAGUCGAUCGCAGAUGAGCGCCGACGCCAGUCCAUCGACGUGGGCAAGUUCACGUCCUUCGCUGAUGUGGUGCAUGCUGCGGCAGCUUUUGACCGCGACGGCCACAUCCACAUGGACUUUGACGAAGACGACGACAAAUACGACAUUUCGGAGCUCCAGGAGCAGGACAAGUGCCGUGAGGACAAGUCGCUGCGCACCACGCGACAGAGCAGCCGGACCGACUACAACGCGCCUAUAAUGACCAUCUGCAUCAUGAUCGUCGGCACCCACGGCGACGUGCAGCCCUUUGUCGCUAUCGCCAAGAGACUUAUCCAAGAUGGCCACCGCGUGCGGCUGGCCACUCAUGCGGUAUACAGAGACCUCGUUAUGAGUCACGGUGUCGAGUUUUACCCGCUUGCUGGAGACCCCAAGGAGCUGUCAGCGUAUAUGGUCAAGACGGGAGGCCACUUGAUUCCUCUCAACCUGGAAGCCAUUCAGAAGGAUGUACCGCGAAACAUGCAGAUGAUCGAAGAAAUUUUGUACUCGACGUGGCCAGCCGUGUCCGAAGCAGACCCUGAUGGCGACGGCCCCGGAAUCCCUGGUAAACCCUUCCAAGCACAGGCUAUCAUCUCGAACCCUGUUACGUACGGUCACAUCCACGUUGCAGAACGUCUUGGUGUGCCGCUUCAUAUUAUGUUCCCUCAGCCGUGGGUGCCUACGACGGCGUUCCCACACCCGCUUGCCAACAUGCCAUACACUGGCAAACCCAAGAAGGUGAACUACAUGUCCUACAAGAUGGUCGACCUGCUCAUGUGGCAGGGUACAGAGGGAAUGGUGAACGCCUUUCGUAGAGACAAGUUGCAGCUGCGCAGAAUUCGCAAAGGAGACGGCGGCCGUGAUAUCCUGCUAGACCUAUCAAUUCCCCAUGCCUUCAUGUGGAGCCCACACCUUGUGCCGAAGCCACAUGACUGGGGUAAGAUUUACGAUGUGAUUGGGACAGUUACGCUGGGUGGCCCAAGCUCCUCGUACACGCCGUCACCUGAACUUGAAGCAUUCCUAGGUGACGAUGCUGGACCAGUUUUCGUGGGAUUUGGCUCUAUGGUUAUUGAGGAUCCGAAGGGCGUUACGAAGAUGAUUAUUGAGGCUGCAGAACAGGCUGGUGUUCGUGUGUUGAUUCAGUCGAGUUGGAGUGAUAUGGCAGGAGAUCUGACAAUUCCAGACAACAUUUUCUUCUUGGGAAACUGUCCUCACGACUGGCUUAUGCCACGUGUGUCGGCCGUAGUGCAUCACGGCGGUGCAGGCACUACAGCAGCAGGUCUGCUUGCAGGCAAACCCACGUUCAUCGUACCGUUCUUUGGAGAUCAGCCGUUCUGGGGCCGUGCUGUCUUUGACGCUGGUGUAGGUGUCGAGCCUUGCCCGAUCUCGCAGCUAACAACACAGAAACUUCGAGUUGCAUUUGAGGCAUUGGAGAGUCCAGAACUUCGUAUACGCGCGGCCGAAUUGCGCGACCUAAUGCGGCACGAAGAUGGCGCAGGUGAAGCUGUGAGAAGUUUCUACCGCAACUUGCCUCUACACCACAUGCGUUGUGACUUGGAUUGUGGACAAGCUGCAACGAUGUGGAGCCAGAAGGACAAAAUCCGUUUGUGUGAUGAGUGCGCGUUUGUAGUGGCCUCACGCCCUGAAAAUUCGGCGAAAGAUAUUGUUGAGUACACUUUCGUGGACUACUCAGCACGUGGCCCGGAAAAUGUUCUCGAGGGCGCAGCAUCUGGUGUGGGAGCAUUCGCUCAUGUGUUUGGGUCGGGCUUUAAAGAUGUGGUUGUCAAGCCUGCGCAAGGAUAUCGUGAAGAAGGUGCGAAGGGCGCUGUCAUCGGACUAGUAAAGGGCUUGGGUGGAUUGAUGAUCAGUCCUUUGGUGGGUACGGUGGUAUUUGCGGACCAUCUUGCAACUGGAGCGUACAAUAAUGUUCGUGGGGGUGAAGACAAAAAGAAGGGCUCUCUUAUUGGGGAUAACAAGAAGCUCCUGAAUGCCAUGGGAUUCAAGACUCGCAAUGUUCACACUGGCUCGAUGAGUGCAGAUGAAGUGAUUGACGGAGACAAUCUGCUGUCUUCACAAGUUGCUGUUCAGCUAACACCUGAAGAGAAGAGCACGCUUGAAGACAGGUUCAACGCGCUCAUUAAAGAACGCAAAUUGCACGGGCAAAGAGCGCUCAAGCUUGCUAACAGCAGUUUGUCAACCUCAGCAUCCGUCGAUAGCGCGGAUGAAGGGGCAACUGUUGUUGUAAACGUUGACGGGGCAACUUUCAACGGCAGCGAUUCGUUCGAUAUUGUUUUUGGUGAUGGUGGAAAAGUUGGUGAGGCACUGCACGAAAACGAAGUUCAAGAGUUGGAGGCUGAGGCUCGCAAGGAGGAGGAAGCCCACAAGAAGCGCCUUGAGAGUUUGAACAGUACUCCACUGCCGAAGAUGAACAUUUGCAUGAUGACAACCGGCAGCUGGGAAGAAAGUGUCCAGCAAUACGUUGCAAUCGGACUGCGGCUCAAAGCGGACGGCCACUGUAUUCGGAUCGCAACAAAUAGCGGCCACCGGGAUCGCAUUGUCAGUGCUGGCUUAGAUUUCUAUCCACUUGGAGGUAGUGCCAUUACUACUGGAAACUUUUUGAAAUACCUGCACCAGCGAAGCCAGGACCAGCCGCGCCACAAAUCUCGACUACUCAAUCUCGCUCAUAGCAAACUGAAUCACCGGCGCGAAUCGUUUCCCGAAGUGGAUGACCUGCGCGAACUCGUAUUCUCGCUAUGGCCAGCCUGUGUGGAAGUGGAUCCUCUAGUGCCUGGCAAGGCUUUCCGAGCGGACGCUAUCAUCGCGCACCCUUAUCUGUUCGGACAGACCAUUGUGGCUGAACGUCUUGGUGUGCCUCUGCACUGCAUGAGUUAUAACCCACAGUCUCGCACACAGGCAUUCCCUCACCUGGUCAGUUCGAAUAUGAAACUUCACCGACCGUACCGAUAUGCACCCACGAACGCAGCGUCAUACGAUGUGAUCGAUAAUGUGCUGUGGAAUGGAAUGCGAGACGUCUUAGACGACUUCCGACAUUCUCUUGGGCUUACAGGCAGGAGUAUCGCGAACAAUUUGCUGGCUGAGUGGCGCAUCCCUCACACAUACUUGUGGAAUCCAGCAAUUCUGCCGAAACCUCAUGAUUGGGGCAGUGAAAUUACAAUUGCUGGCUACGUUGAGUUGAAGGAAAGUGACGACGACAACACUGAUCUUGCUGCCAUCGAACAAGAGCUGCAGUCAUUCACUAGCAGCUCUGCUGGUACACCACUUAUCUACUUCGGCUUCCAGUGUAGUGACUGGGAUCCGCGUCGCGUGCAAGAUCUGCUAGGUUCGCUCGAGAAAGCUGCACGAAAAGCAAACGUCCGUGUUGUGUUUCAAGGUUACGAAAACAGCAACGAUGACGCAGCACUUUUCGUCGGCGGCACCGACGUUGUAUUCGAGAUCGAUCAGCACUUCCCUGUCCAGCGUGUUCUCCCGCACGUGGAUGCCGCCAUACACUGGGGAGAUCUCUCCAUCACGUCAACGUGUUUGGCAGCAGCGAAGCCUGCGUGUGUGGUCCCGCGUAACAUUACUCAGCGCAUGUGGGGUCAGGCACUAGUUCUUUCGGGAGCGGGCAUCGAACCACUGGAACUGGAUGCACUAACUCCAUCCAACCUCAUUCAUGUGUUCCAUAUGCUACUGGACCCCAAGCUUACUCACUGCGCCAAGCGUCUUGCUCCCAAGUUCUCGUCAUCAACGGCAAUCGAGACUGCUGUAUCGGCCUUUUACAGCAAUCUACCGCUAGCAGGCAUGAGGUGCGACCUGGAUCCAGCACGAAUUGCUCGAGUCUACGACUCGCUGCACGAAAUGAAGCUGUCGUAUGAGGCACGACUAGUCGUACACCAGAUCACGAAAGAUGCAGGCAGCGCGGGUGACCUGAAGUACAAGCCGCUGAAAUACUCUCAGCACCACCCGCCACGGUUCUCUUUACGAGAAUUGGAACUGCUGCACCCAGCUUCGUCCAAUAACCUCAAGAAGCAACCGAGGACAAAAAUCCUGUACACGUACGAUCCUGCCAGUGAAGAACUGGCAGCUAGAGUGGAUCACGAACGGGCAUCAGUGACGUCCCCGUCGUCGUCCAAGGAGGCGAAGAAAUAUGGUGGCGCUCCCCGUAAGAAGCUCCUUCAGUUUUCUCGUGCACAGUCCAUGGCGCUGAACGUGGUGGAAUUGCCAAAAUUCUGGAACUCACCUGAGGAGCAGGCUGAGCGCACUCUGGAGAUCAACGAUAAAUACGAGAAACUGCUGGUGACACGCAAGUUCGCUAAUGGAACCUCGUCAUCGUCGGCAUCGUCGGCAUCGUCGGCAUCGUCCGUUGCUAUAUAGCUGCAAUGGGCGCGCUCUUCAGUCACAGCAGACGGGUAACUAUGCGAUUCUUGCUACUUACGACUUCACUCGGAAUAGAUUCGUUUUAUUCAAUUCAUUGUAGGUUUAUGGACUGAAUUUGUUUGGUUACUGUGCUUUCCUAGGGACUGGGAACGAGUUACAUUAGUGAUUAUUUACUCUACUAUGGUUAACUGUUCUGCUUCUCGACGCUGUGUUGACUUCCGAAAUUUGAAGAAGCGCAUGA